UCCCUCCCAGUGCUCCCAGUUCACCCAGUUUCCGCAGGUUCCUGUUACUGGGCGGUUCCCGGGGUCACGUGACCGCCAUGGAUUGGAGCUCUCGGCGCCUCCUGAGCGAGUUCAACGUGAUGGAACCAGUGCGGGACCUCUGGUGGGAACUGGGACAAACUGGGACGGACAUUUUUUCACCGUUUUUUCCCAUUUUUUCCCAUUUUUCCCAUUUUUCCCCUCAGAACGAGCUGGGGUUGCUCCAUUAUCUGGACAUUUCCGUGGGACAGGAGCCCAUUUUGGGUCAUUUCCCUCCAUUUUCCCCAUUUUUUGCUCUAUUUUCUCCAUUUUUUCACCGAUUUUCCCCAUUUUUUCACCGUUUUUUCCCAUUUUUCCCCAUUUUUUCCCAAAUUCCCGUUUUUUCUCCUCAGAACGAGCUGGGGUUGCUCCAUUAUCUGGACAUUUCCGUGGGACAGGAGGUGGCCACGCUCCGGACCCGCAGCGGCCGCGCGGCCGCGAUGACCCAAAACCCCCACAACGCCCUCGUCCACCUUGGACAUGGAAACGGAACGGUGUCUCUGUGGACGCCCAACAGCCCCGAGGCGGCGCUGAAGAUCCUGGCUCACCGCGGCGCCGUGCGCGCCAUCGCCGUGCACCCCCAGGGAAGGCUGAUGGCCACGGCGGGAUUGGACCGGAAGUUGCGGAUUUUUGACCUCAGGACCCUCGGGGUGCUGCAGGAGUGGGCGUGGCCGGUGGGCGUGGCCAGCCUCGAUUUCAGCCAGCGGGGGCUCCUGGGCGUGGCCUGCGGGGAUCUGCUGCAGGUUUUGCCCCAGGUGGGCUCUGGUUCCCCUCCCCGGCCGUUGCUUUGCCCCUUCGAGGACGUGCUGGGGGCGGGGCAUGGGCGGGGCUUCACCUCCGUCCUCGUCCCAG